UUGGUAAAGAAACGCUGUCCCCGUCUCUCUUAUCAACAAACGUACCUCCCGCCUACCGCAGGGCCGCAGGCCAUCUCUCUCUCUCUCUCUCUCUCUCUCUCUGUUUUUUCUUUUUAAAAUUUUUUUGGGGGUAAAUCUUCUCGCAAUUAUUUUUGAACUCUCCGAAGGCAGAUCUUCUGUAAUUUUCGAUCAGCAAUGGAGAAUCCGAAAGUUCAAGAGAUUCUGGAGAAGCAAGUCCUGACGGUGGUGAAGGCGGUGGAGGACAAGCUGGACGACGAGAUAGCCGCCUUGGACCGCCUCGAUCUCGACGAUCUGGAGGUUCUCAGAGAGCGCAGGCUCCAGCAAAUGAAGAAGAUGGCGGAGAAGCGCAGCCGCUGGAUCUCACUCGGUCACGGCGAGUACUCCGAAAUCCCCUCUGAGAAGGACUUCUUCGCGGCGGUCAAGGCCAGCGAUCGCGUUGUCUGCCAUUUCUACCGUGAAAAUUGGCCCUGCAAGGUAAUGGACAAACACAUGAGCAUAUUAGCAAAGCAGCACAUAGAGACACGAUUUGUAAAAAUUCAUGCAGAGAAAAGCCCAUUCUUAGCAGAGAGGUUGAAGAUUGUUGUACUCCCAACGCUUGCGCUUAUAAAGAACGCCAAAGUGGAUGAUUAUGUGGUAGGAUUUGACGAGCUUGGCGGCAGAGAUGAGUUUACAACAGAGGAACUGGAGGAGAGGUUGGCUAAAUCUCAAGUCAUCUUUUUUGAAGGCGAAUCAUCUGUAAAUGCAUCAAAAUCGAGUGCUCAAACCAGAAGUGUUCGGCAAAGCGCAAAGUCGAACUCAUCAGAUUCUGAAUGAACUAUGUUUUGCAUGUGGUGGUGUAUCAUUUUUGCUCAUAUGGUGGGGAAAAUGGCUGGGAUGUUUGCAUCAUAUUUGGAUGUGUUUAAAGAAUCAGCAGUUUCAGCUGUUGCCUUGGGCCAGCAAGAUCUGAGGUUAUUGUUCCUAAUAUCUCUGAAUGGCAGGAUUAACCAUUUCAAUGGUAUUUCAAGAGGCGUAUGCAAUCUUAUUUAUAGUAGUAUAUUUGUAAAUCUUGUAAUGAAAAGGUAACUUGUCAGAUUGGGAGUAUUUGAAGAUUGAAGAAAUUUGCAAUUUGAAAAA